CCGGCUCUCCUAUCUCUGUCGCUCAACCGCUGUCCGCGCGGUGGCGCCACAUAGGUACUCGUCACCCCACGGUCCUCCCUGAGGAGCUGGUGACCUUACCGUCAAAGCCCCGGGAUGCCAUGGGUCGUCCUCUUGGGCGGCUUCUGGACACUGAGCCACUAGAGGGCAUCGGUCCCGGCAGGGCCGGACGGCAGGCUCCGGGCUACCGCCACGCUCUCAAUGGCGCCCAGAAGGGGGCGGGGUGGCGACCGCAAUCGCUUUGGCUGAGGCUCUGCGGUGAAGGGAGGGGGGCGUUGUGCGUCAUCAGUCUGCGCCACCUGACUCCCGAGACCCUGGCUUUGGCGUGGGAAGUGAGGUGUGGGAAGUAGGUCGCUUUCUGAUGAAUUAAUUGGCGGUGAACUGAGACUAGAGGGAAUCCUCCCGCCAGCGGCUGGUACUUGCACCCGGACCCCCGUCUCCGGCAAGCACAGUCCGACGUGUAUUGUCUGCCGCGAGGGCACAUUCCGAAAACAGGAGAUUAAUUUAGGUCCCCAAAAUGGGAAGAACCUACAUUGUAGAAGAGACUGUGGGACAGUAUCUUUCAAACAUAAAUCUCCAAGGAAAGGCUUUUGUCUCUGGCCUUUUAAUAGGACAGUGUUCUUCACAAAAGGAUUAUGUGAUUCUUGCCACUAGAACGCCACCCAAAGAGGAACAAAGUGAGAACCUCAAACAUCCCAAAGCUAAGUCGGAUAACUUGGAUGAAGAAUGGGCCACAGAACAUGCCUACCAGGUAUCCAGAAUGCUACCAGGAGGACUUUUAGUUCUUGGAGUAUUUAUUAUUACUACUUUAGAACUGGCAAAUGAUUUUCAAAAUGCCCUGCGUAGACUAAUGUUUGCUGUGGAAAAGUCUAUAAAUAGAAAGAGAUUGUGGAAUUUCACAGAGGAGGAGGUCUCAGAACGAGUGACACUUCACAUUUGUGCUUCUACAAAAAAAAUAUUUUGUCGAAGUUAUGAUAUCCGUGAUCCAAAGAGUUCAGCAAGACCGGCAGAUUGGAAGUAUCAAAAUGGAUUGUCAUCCUCAUGGCUUUCUUUAGAGUGUACAGUUCACAUUAAUAUUCACAUCCCACUUUCUGCUACUUCUGUCAGCUAUACUCUGGAGAAAAAUACAAAGAAUGGACUUACACGCUGGGCCAAGCAAAUAGAAAAUGGUGUUUAUUUGAUUAAUGGACAAGUUAAAGAUGAAGAUUGUGACCUAUUAGAAGGACAGAAAAAAUCUUCCAGAGGAAAUACUCAAGCAACUGGUCAUUCUUUUGAUGUCAGAGUGCUAACGCAGUUGCUCCUGAAUUCAGACCACAGAUCCACAGCCACAGUCCAGAUAUGUAGCGGUUCUGUAAACCUUAAAGGUGCUGUGAAAUGCCGAGCUUAUAUCCACAACAGUAAACCCAAAGUUAAAGAGGCCGUGCAGGCAGUAAAGAGGGAUAUAAUGAACACAGUUGCUGAUCGUUGUGAAAUACUAUUUGAGGAUCUCCUUUUGAAUGAAAUUCCAGAAAAAAAAGAUUCUGAAAAAGAGUUCCACAUCCUCCCUCGUCGAGUCUUUGUUCCCCUUUCUGGAUCCACUGUAAUGUUGUGUGAUUAUAAAUUUGAUGAUGAGUCGGCUGAAGAAAUCAGAGACCAUUUUAUGGAGAUGUUGGAUCAGACAAUUCAAAUAGAAGAUGUGGAAAUUGCAGAGGAAAUAAACACAGUUUGUGUGAGUUCCUCUGUGAAUAGUCAAGCUUCACGGGACACCACAGAUGAUGAACCACCAAAACAGCCAAUUAAAACUACAAUAGUAUUGAAAAUUCAGCAAAACAUAGGUGUGAUUGCAGCAUUUACAGUUGCUGUCCUUGCUGCCGGUAUCUCCUUUCAUUACUUCAGUGAUUAGGGUUCACAGGCAGUAGAAGAACUUUCAAGAACCAUACUUCUACCUUUCCUCUGCCACAGACAAAACAUUUUAAGGCAGGAGUCAUGAAUACUAUAUUACCCAUACAAGUGAACUGUGAUUGUCUGGAUGGCAGAUACCAGUGGCAACACUGCCGUAUACAGUUUGUCUCAAAUCAGAAACAAGAAGAGAUGUGAACCUGAGUUGCCGCCCUAGACAGGACAGUUAAAGAAGAUUGAGUGGCCCUCAGUUUGUAGUGCUCUAGCUCCUCGCAGAAGCAAGAGAGAAACAUUCCUAAUUUAGUUCCAAGACUCCUAUAGAUUAUUAUCAAGUAGUGGUAUUUUAUGACCAGAGAUCAGACGCACAAGUUGAAACAAGCUAACAUGACAAGGGAGCUAUAGAAAAAAUAAACAUCGAACUCACUUCUUCAAGGUUUCAUCACCAAGAUAAGAAAUGAAGUUGGAACCAUAGGCAGAUCUGAAAAAGAACCAAAUAGAACUUGAAAUGAGAAAUAUUUAUUGAAAUAAGAAAAAAGCCUUCAGACAUAUUGAAUAUUAUAUUAGACUCGGCUGGAGAGACACGUGAACCAUAAGCUGGAUCUAAAGAAAUUACCCAGUGAGCAACAAGGAGAUAGAAAACAUUAGAAAAUUAAGAGAGUUGGAGGGAAGAAUUAUAAAGACUAGGAAUACUAGAAGGAGAGAAUUUAGAGAAUGAAGGAGAGGCAAUACUUGAAGAGACAACACAAUUUUCCAAAUUUGUUGGAAAAACAUGAAUUCAUAAAUUCAGGAAGCACAGUAUAUGCCAAAUAUCUAAUUUAUAAAAUCCAGACCUAGACUCAAGGUAGUAAAUGACAAGAUGCCAAACACCAGAUUGUAAAAGCAACCAUGGGGAGAAAACGAUCAUCAAUGAACGGAAGACAGUCAAAUGCUUGGUAAGCUUCCUAACAGCAACAGUACCCAAAAGAGGGUAGAAUUCUGAGAGAAACUAUUAGCUUAGAAGUUGCUACAAGCAAAAACUGAAACAAACGCACGCUGAAAUGAAAAACAUACUGUCUUCAGCAGAACUUCAGCAAAAAGACUGCAAAAGGAUGAUCUUCAAAAAGGAAAAUGAUUCUAAAGGGUCAUCUGAAAUUGAAGAACUAGUGAGCAAAUAAGUAAUAAGGAAAUUUAAACUGUUGUUUGUAUAAAACAAUUAUAAUGAAAAUUAUAAGAAAUUGUAAACAUUUGUAAAACUAAAUAAACAUUGUUACGCAACAUUAGUAAUGUCAA